GACAUCACACGGGGCGCUAAAACACUUAAGGCUCAUAGAGGCUCCAUUAUCAUCUCCGUGCGCCUUGUUGCUCAGACUCAAAAAAUAGCAAACGGAAUUAGAAGUAGGAGAAGAAAAAACAAGAGAGGAAAAUGAUGCUGCCCUAAGCACGUAUUUUUUUCUUUUUUUGGAAAGGAUGAGAAAGAGUGGAGAGGAGGGGCAUUAAGGGAGACAGAGGGAGGAAAAGUGGGUGGGAGGACGUACCCAAGGAGCGAGAAGAAAUUCAUAUCAAUUAAUAAUCAUAAAAAAAGAGCUGGCAGACGCGCUCGGAAAACUGGCAUGGUUUUUGGGAGGCUGGCAGUUCAGCGCUGAAGCGUCAGAUAUGACUCCUGGUGACUGCUGAGAUGAUCAUUAAGGGAGACUUAGAUCGGAUGGCAGAAGACAUCGGGUAUGCAGGUGGCGGACUGAAGACAAUGCUGGAUGCCAUGGACGUUCCAAGUCAUUCUAGGGAUCUCCUCCUGCAGCUUAAUAGCCAGCGUACCAAAGGCUUCCUGUGUGAUGUCAUCAUCGUGGUGCAGAAUGCCCUUUUCAGAGCUCACAAGAACAUUCUGGCUGCCAGCAGCCUCUACUUGAAGUCUUUGGUGGUUCAUGAUAACCUCAUCAACUUAGACCAUGAGAUGGUCAGUCCAGGGGUUUUCAGGGUCAUUCUGGACUAUAUCUAUACAGGACGUCUGAGUGAAGGAGACCCUACUUCCCCCACUGAACCAAAUCUAGGGGCUGUGCUGGCAGCAGCCAGUUACCUUCAACUGCUUGACUUAGUGGCCUUGUGCAAAAAGAAGCUGAGAAGAAUUGGAAAGUACCCUCAACGACAAGCUCCUGCCUUUCUACCCUAUGCCAAAAUGGGGCCUAACAGCAUGGGCUUUGGGAGUAGAUACAGGGUUUCCACUCCUGUAAUUCAGUCCUGUCCACCUGGAGGACUUUUAAAUACACCCAGACCACAUUCACUAGAGGAUAUGGUUCCCCAUCGGCUAUCAGUUCACACUGGGGAAAUAUACGCUCCAACCUCCAACCAGGGCUCUCAGGUGUUCCCUCCACUACCAGCAGCUCUACCUGCCCCGCAGGGACGCUCAGCUCAUGAGAGGAACUGCUCCCCUAGCUUCGGCCUUGACCUUUCUAAGAAAAGCCCCACCACCCAGUCUCAGUUCACACCCUCUCAAACCCGUCUGGCAAACAGUCACAAUGAAGAGGAACGAGAUGGAACUCAAAGUGGACGCACAAGUCCAAUGCUGAGUAUGAAUGGGAGAGCAUUUGGACCAGAAAAACCUGAGGUUUCCCACCAGACAGGGACCCGUAGCCCCCCAGCUUUCCCACAUCUCAACCAGCCUCUUGGUCCCCACCUCCCUCACCUGCACCGUUCCGGUUCACAGGGGACAGACCGCUACCCGUGCCCUCCAAGUCCUGAAACUCCUACAGAAGGUGGAGAGGCUGGCAGAGAAACGGGCAACAUCUACCGCUGGGUGAAACAUGAGCCACUGCCGUAUCCAGCUGAGGACGAGGAUGAGGACGAGGAUGAAGAAGAAGGGGGUGAAAAUGGAGAGCAGCAUCACAACCACCACAAGGCCGGGGAGGAGAGUGAAGGAGGGGAUGACAAGAGCGGAUCCGGCACAGAGGAGACAGGCAGUAGCGAGGGUCGUCCGUCGCCUUCUGGACCAAUGGGGAGGUUCCACAUGCCGUAUGAGCCUGAGAGCUUUGGGGACAACGUGUACGUGUGCAUACCCUGUGACAAAGGCUUUCCGAGCUCAGAGCAGCUCAACGCUCACGUAGAGACGCACACAGAAGAGGAGCUAUACGGUAACCCCGGAGGAGAGAUGGUAAACAACAACAAUAUCACCAAAAACAUGAGUGAUAACACAAAUGGCUAUGAGAGCCUCAACAGCACUCUGAACAGUCUGUCUCCCCUGGAGAACAAGUCCACCCAUGGCCUGAAUUCAGGCGGAAUCGCUGAACUGAUACGACCUUACCGCUGUUCCACCUGUGAAAAGUCCUAUAAAGAUCCAGCCACUUUGCGGCAGCACGAGAAGACCCACUGGCUGACACGGCCUUAUCCCUGCAGCAUUUGCGGUAAGAAGUUCACGCAGCGGGGCACCAUGACGCGCCACAUGCGCAGCCACCUGGGCCUUAAACCUUUUGCCUGUGACUCGUGUGGCAUGCGCUUCACACGCCAGUAUCGCCUCACCGAGCACAUGCGAAUCCACUCUGGGGAGAAGCCCUAUGAAUGUCAGGUGUGUGGGGGAAAGUUUGCCCAGCAACGCAACCUCAUAAGCCACAUGAAGAUGCACAGCAAUGGAGGCACUGGGGGGGGGCUGACCACAGAUGGAAAACUGAAGCUGGACUUUUCCGAGGGCAUCUAUCCCCUGAGUAAAUAUGCAGCGGAACACCUGGGGCUGAAGCAGGAGAAGGCUAGUGAGCUUCUCAUUCAAGCGCAGCAGCAAUUGGUGGCGGAUGCCAAGGCCAUAGAGAGCCUCUACCCACUUUCCAAACUUGCCUCUGAGCAUCUUGGCCUUACCCAUGACAAAAUGGAUGUCCUGGGUCAACCACUGCCCCCUCCUCUACAAGCCCUCUCUGAAGGCCGCACCAUUGACCGCUACUCACCCAGCUAAGACAUAAUAUGACAUUUUAACAUGGGUCUGUGUGCACACGCAAUUUACAGUAUUCUAAAGCCUUUAACCUCAACUCAGUUAUCUAUCUCGUCUGCACCUCGGACUCGGGCCACAUGGAACUGGUCUGCUUAUGCACACAUACACACCAAAAAAACUGAGACUUUAAGUGCCUUUCUAUGCAUCUAAUGUAUCUAAAAUCCUCCUUUAUAAAGGAGCUUUGAGCUUUUAUGUGACCAAGGGGACACUCACUUAAAGAACUUCAGUAUUUAUGUACAGCAUUAUGCAAAGAAACAGUUUUUUUUUUAAUUCCACCUUUGAGCCAAAGUGACAAUUUGAAAACCAAAAUGAAAUUGUUUUAUUUAUUUUUAUAUUGUGAUGAAAUCCAAAGAAAACAUGUUGCAAGGAAAUGUUGCAAUCUGACCCUAAACCUGUGUACUACUCAUUUUUGUACAAGAUAAAGGAAAGCAUGGAUGGACAAAAAUACUGGGUUGUCCAGACCUAAGCAGAACUUUUCUUUACGAGUAUAGAAAAUACUCAUCUGAACUUUAAAGUAAUGGGAGUAUUAUUAUUAUUAUUUUUUAUUUUAUUGUAUUUCAUUUUUUGGGGUACUGGACGAUUAACGAGUCUUGCUCUUUAGCAUCCCCCCUAUUUAUAUGAAUUGAUUACAUGAUAAAGCAGUUGCCUGAGUAUUUUAGUCUCCAGCCUUACUUUCCCCACAUAAAGUGUCUCAAUCCCCUGUAAAGGUAUGCAUGGACAUCUUUUUCAUAAUUUGUCACGAUAAUGUUAGCUAAAUUGGCUUCACGCUCAGCAUGCAGCAGUUCUUGAGCUAAAACCUCCUGCAGCGGCAAAACGAAUGUUCCGAUGCUGCAAGCACAGCCCGGUGAUCUAAUCGCACAUACCCAUUUGUUGACACACUAAUCCCUGAUCAUGAUGAGUGCAGAGUGAACCAUGGGUGUUGCCUCUGACACAGUUAUAUUACUGAUAUGGAUAGACCUGAGCAAAGAGUCAGAGGGCAGAGUAAAUGACAAAGACAUUAACUGUCAGAAACACUUAAUCCAUUAAUAGCUGUGGUUUGGCAGUUUUCAGUGGUCCUGUUCCCGGCUACUAUUUAACCAAGAGAGAGCUGUGCUCAGCUUCUUGCCUCAGAGGCAUUCUGCAAGCUGGAGGGAUGUCCGCUGCACAAAUAGCAAGCCGGUUAUCUGUCAGCGAUAUGAACAUUAGAAGGAGUUUGCGAGUCUUCCCUGGAAGCCAGCGGGAAAACAGGACUCCCCCAGCUGCUGGGCUUCAGUAAUCUCUGUGAAAUCUCCCUUUUUCCUAGACAAUUCGCACUGCUCGCCGACAUGAUGUCCCAUUUCAUGCCUGCCAACUCACUCCUCUGAUCCAUUUUUUAAAUGUUUUUUUUUUACAAAUAUCUCCUGGCCUUGCUCUGCUCCAGAAUGGCAUCAGAUGAGGGAAAAAGAGAUUUUUCUUGAUUAGCGGACCAGCAGUUUCUUCAACUUGAAAACAAAAGAGCACUUAACCAACCGCUGCUGGCGAGAUGCAGAUCUGCAAGUCAAUAAUUCAAAGAAGAUGUUGGCUUUUUCUUCUUUUUUCCAUAUUUGCUAGUCCUUAAUUUUGAUCAGACAUGUCUGACCACUAUAGUGCCACUAUAUGUCAACCUCCGUGGGUGAAUGUGAAGACAAAAGCCAUAAAUACACUGUGAUCGACGUUGUGAAUCUAACACGCUCAGAAAAUCAGAAAAAGUGCCUGACUUUUGCAUCUGAAACAUGUGUCUAAAAAUUUAAGGGCUUCCUUCCUGUAGCAUAUGAUCAUAUCAGAACAUUUCUUGUCACUUUCUUUAAUCGACUUUGUUUUCAUCUGAACUGAAAGCAGCACAAGUGAAACUGGUGCUUUUACCUCAGGACUGAACCCACCACGGGGAUCUUAAGCUUUUGUACAUUUUUACUUAGAACUAUCAACACGCCAACAUGCACACACCCACAUGCACACCUUUUUUUGGUUGUACUUUGAUGUGAACAGGGCAGUUGCUCUGUGUUAAACCUGUGUAUUUUUCCUGUGUCUAAACAUAAUUUUAUGUGGGAUUACUUGUGAUAUUAACAUUUUAUUUUCAUUAAACGGUGAAAAUUGCAUUUCGUUGUUCCUGAAAAGGCUUUUCUUGACAAAUCAAGUUAAAAAAAAAGGUCUAAAUAUUUUUUGUAGUCAUUUCUUUUCACAAUAGUUUGCAGGAUGGCUCUUGAGUUGGGUUUUAACCACAUACACAGCAAUAUGGAGGGGAUGUGUUGUGUACUGACACAUUAUUAGCACUUCCUUGAAACAGACAAGCGGUAGCAUGAAACCAUGAAAACUGGCCUCAAAAAAAAAAAGAAAAAAAAAAGAAAACUGGCCUCAUAUUCUUAGGCCCCGUUUAUCCAGAAGUGAGUGAACUCUUGACAAAAACCAGACAGAGGUCACACAUGCACACAGGCACACAGGAAGCAGGCUUGUUUAGCUUGAUGCUUUAAGUUUGGGGAGUCUGUCAUCAAGGCAAAAAAAGGAAAACGCUCUCAGAAAGAAAAGUGUGAAAGAAAAUGUGAUUAUAGGAGCUUUGCCAAUUACUAUGUGCAUUGAUGUAAAAAUAAAUAUGAGUCGUGGGAAUUUGAUUUUUAGUUUUCCCAGUUUAAAUACAAAUGUGUUCAUUACGUUUUCUUGCCAGCACCACUAAAACAACACAGAUUUUACAGCCACUUGAGAUCUGUACAGCAGGAAGAAGGGCGAUAAAGCUUGAACAUUUCUGCAGGAUAUGCACUGUUUGAAAUUUGCUAAAUCACAAUAAUGUGUGCAACAGUGGAGGAGGAGAGUUGAGGAUCUAUAGAAAGCUUCUUCUCAUCUGUUUGUGUGUCAUCUUUCUGUUUGAGUGCGUGAAGGACUGUUAAUGCAUGUCCUGGGAAUAGUAUUGGUGUGAAGGAGAAGAGCUGAGGCGCAGGAAGUGAACUUUUGGCUGAUGUGUCGUGCUGAGCAGGAUGUUGCCAUGUGUUUCUGCGCAGGAGCAGACACAGAGACAGGGAAUGGGGAGGGAGAGGAGCACGGAGAGCACAGCAGGGAGGACGAGAGCCAUUUUCUCAAAAUGAAGGCUUGUUCUUAUUUCUAAAACUCGCUAUUCAAACACAUGAGUGCACGGUAUCUCCUCUUUUCCUUCCCCUGAUUGCUCUUUGGGAAUACAUUUCAUGAGGAUGUGACACUGUGGGCUUUCAAAGCUGUGCAGUGAAUCGUUAAGAUUUAUGUGUACUGAUUUAAAGAUUCUUUAUGUUUCAUUUUAUUCCUUUUUUGUGGGUAUUCUAUGAUAUACAUUUUUAUUUUACUUAAUAUGUUCAUAUUUUGAACAUUUCUGAAAAUGGGGGCAUUGUUUAGCCCUGAAAAUAUAUGCAAAUCAUUAAUAAAAAAAUGAUAAUAUUUCUA